GGAAAUUCGUUGAAGCUCAAGAAAAAACCUCCUAAAACCCUAACGAAGAAAGUGGAGAUGAAACGAUCUCUUGCAAAAAAUGUUCAUCUCUUUUCACGCAGUUUGUUAGUGCCAAAGCCGAAUCCUUACCUUGCUACCUCUUCAUUUUGGCCUAGCCGUGUUAAGCGUUUCACAUCCAAAAGCUCUAACGAACUUCCUGCUUCGGGUCAUAACAACGACAAUAACCUUCAAGAAGAAGAUGAUAUCAGCAAUAAAGCGCUGAAACAGCAGAUAGAUAAGUUCUUUGAAGGAGACGAAGAAGCAUUCCCAUCAAUAUUUGAAGCCAUUUUGAAAAGAAAGUUGGCUGGAAAAAGUGAAGAAUCAGAUGAGGAAUUGAUGAAUCAACUUCAAGCCCAGCCUCGACAGCACGAUUCUGCUGCCAAUAGAGAAUCUGACUCCGAUUAAGUUGAAGUACGACAAGUCUAUACCUAUAAGAGUAGUGAAAUUGAUUAUACAUUGAUGAAAAUACAAGGUCUUAGCUCCGUACUUGUUAUGGAUUGAGGAGUUAAAGAGUAUGAAUUUUUUUGUAUAUUCAUUGUUCGUUACUGUAAUUUCAUAUUUUUCAUCUUUCGAUAUCUAGCAGAUUCAUCUUGGAUCAGCAGAAAGAAUUUCUAUCUGAUGUAACUUACAAAGUUGGAAGCAUAAGCAUAACAGAAAAGUUUGGAUGAUUUUAACACUAUGUGCCAUAGCCUCUAGAUGAUGUAAUUAUGACCUAUGAACUACAGUACAUGUUUUUGAGUAAAUUUUUUAUCCCCUUGGCCUUUUAGUGUUGGAAAAUAAUACCUUUCUCACCUUUUGAGUGAAGAACUCUUUGUAAUGCCAAUUCUUUGUACCUUAACCAUGCAUUAAUAAAGGUGGUCUU